AUGAGCAUACAGCUAAGAGACGGAUUGGCCAACCAGCUGGUUGACCACGUACUUGAAGAUCUCCUUGUGAGAUUUGUGAUCAAUGUGCCAGACGAAGACUUGUCUUCCAUCGAACGAGUGUUCUUCCAAGUGGAAGAGGCCCAGUGGUUCUAUUCGGAUUUCUGCAGACAGCUUAAUCCGGCAUUGCCGGGAAUGAAAAUGAAACGCUUUGCGCCCGCCAUGCUCAGCAAAUGCCCGCUUCUCUGGAAAUGGGGCGAUCCCGCCGACGCACUUUCGCAGUUUGGCAAGUACAAACGAAGCAUCCCUGUUCGGGGCAUAGCAUUGAUGAACGAGGACUUGUCCAAGAUUGUUUUGGUGCAAGGCUCAGAGUCAUUGUCGUGGUCCUUCCCUCGUGGAAAGAUCUCGAAGGACGAGAGCGACUUGGAGUGUGCCAUUCGAGAAGUGAGAGAGGAGACGGGAUUCGACGCUCGCGACUAUGUCAACGAGAAAGAUGUUAUCGAGCGUAACGUUUAUGGAAAGAACUUCAAGAUCUUCCUUGCGAAGGGCGUUCCUGUGGACUUUCCGUUUGAGCCGUUGGUGCGUAACGAAAUCGCCAAGAUCCAGUGGUUCGACGUUAAGGCCCUAGCUAAAAUGACCAAACAGACACCAAACAAGUUUUUCAUUGUGAACCCGUUCCUCAAGCCCUUAAACAGCUGGAUCAACAAGAACAAGGGAGUGGUGAGCGAGGAGCAAUUGAAGAGAGAUGCUGAGGUUCGUUUGAAAGCUUUGAUGGGCAUUUCGGACGUGGUGCUGGAAAACACCGACGCCGGAAGAGAAUUGCUAGACCUAUUGCAAGGCGCAGCCAAGGCACAAGCGCCAGCUUUGGCCCAGUCCCAGUCCCAGCCGCAGCACGCCCAGUACAUCCAGAUGAAUGUGCCACAGCACUUGCAGAACUUUUAUGCGGGCAUGGGCCCUGCUGCUCCGUUUGUGCCGCCCAUGCAUCCUCAACAAGGCUAUAUGGGCAUGAUGCCACCACGCGAGUUGCUUCGGAACUAUGGCUCUGUGCCACCCAACUUUGCAUCGCCCGUUCCACGUCCCGAGGCUCCAGCCUCUAUUGCACGCGAUACACUGAACUCGAAAGAGUUGUUGUCCAUCUUAAAGGGUGGGCCCAAGCCUAAGCGAGAGGCUGCGGCUCCAGUGUCAGGAGUCAACCGUGCAGAGGAGUUGCUCAAGCUCUUCAAAAAAGAACCAGAAACGGGCAAGGACAAAGAGAAUAAAGAGGCCCAGGACAAGGAGGAUACGGACAACAAUAAAGAACUCAACAGCAACAACAGCAGCAACAACAACAACGGAUCUGCGUCCAAAACAGAUGGUCCAAAAAUCACCCUCUUGAAACGUGCUCCUAACGAAGAUGCUCUGGCCACCCUUUUGGAAUUAUUGGGCAAACGACCAGAUGCACAAGCUGCUCCAAAACCCGAAACUAUCGAAAAGCCUAAGCCCAAAUCCAACGCCUCUGCUGAACUUUUAGGUUUACUUAAGCGAGAGAAACCAAAGACGGAACCUGAGGCGAAGCCAGAGCCUCUGCCCCAGCCUGAAAGAUCUUUGGCCGAAACUCAACCGCAAAGAGAGCCACAAGAGAACAGCUCCACAGAGUUGUUGGCCAUCUUAAACCGCAAACAGCCCGAAACUCGGGAGGCAGACAAGAACGCUUCGGCAGAGUUAUUAGGAAUUCUAAACAAACCAAUCCGCAUUGCCCGCAGAGACAAAGAUUCACCUGUUGACCUCAAGAGCAUUAUCGGAUCGCCCGAAACGUCCACGCAACAAAGCACACCCGCACACAGCUCAGAUCCAGGUUCCGGCAAUCGGAUUUUGAGCACCGUCAACAGAAAAUCCACGCCCAACUCACGGCUGAUCACUCCUCAAAUGCCGAUAGUGCAGCCUCCACUGAGCUUCGACGACUUUGAGGAUUUCGACGACAUUUGUGCAUCAGAAAAUGUCAUGUAUCAAAGCAUAGCGAAUAAUAUGGAUGACAGCGAUGACGACAACUUCCACAGUGCUGUGGAAACUGCAAACGCCAAUUCUCCGGAGCCAGAGCGCAGAAAGAUAACGAAAGGGCGCAAAGACAACUCGCAGCAGGCAGAAACCACUGUGCCAGAACAGCCAAUUGCAGAAAAGACAGCCAUGAAUCCGGUACUGAACGUGGGAAGUCUCCAGGAAACAUAUGGUGGAAUGGAAAACAUAAGUGCUCCACCACACCCGGGGCUUGGAAUGCACACGAACAGCAACGGUGCAAGUUUGCUUCAGCUUUUGGGCAGACGUCCACCAGAACCGAAGCCAGCCGAAGGCCGCGAAGAGUUGUUGAGCAUUCUCAAGAGCGGCCGUGCAUAG